UCACCCGGAUACCUUCACAGUCCAAACAGGAGCUGGAUCAGACAGUACAGCCAGGGCUGGGAUCUGACUGCAUGGGAAAGACAGGGGGGCAGCCAGUGAUGAGCCAUACUGGGGGCCACCAGCAGCUGCUACCAGGAGCACACUGACAGCCAGGGAUACAGAGCUCUAACGGACAGUAUUACUGCACAUAGUCCCUGCAGGGACUGACCUGGGAACAGCCUACAGCACGGCUAUUUGUUGCACAUUAAUCCAGGCAUUUAAACAGAACACCAGAUGUUAAGAUGAUGGAGUUAAGCCACUCGGAAGUUCCACUAUAUGGUCACAUGACUGUGCUAGCAAACUUUGGCGAAGAUGUCCAUCUGCCAGAAGACGCAGAAUUUUAUUUUGUUUACAAUGGAUCCAAUCGCAGACAUGUUAUGUUUGCAGAGCGUGUCAGUCCUAACACGUUACGGUCUAUUUUUCCAGGCCACAGUUGUGUAGAAUCUUUAAGUUUGACCGUCUGCAUGCACACGCACGGCUACUCAUCAGUGAUUGUGGCAUGUACAUCAUUAACCUAUGUGAUGGAUACCGCAUGCAACCUUUCACACUAUCUCAAAAGCCAUUGUGAUAAGCUAACUCCUACUAGCCAUGAAACAAUACUCGAACACUUUGGAUUGGCAGUCAAGGAUUUACAAUUGCUAGAUCGAAAUACAAUGUUAUGUUUAGCAAAUGAGGAGUUAACGCCUACCUGGAAUAUACUUGGAUCUCAUUUUGAAACGGAGGACUUCUGCCGCGAGACACUUUUACAUCUAACAAUGAGAUGGGGUCUUAUAGAGCUUUCGCAUUUCCUCAUGUACCGGCCGGGCGGAGCGUCCGCACUGAGAAUGAAGAAUGAGGAUGGAGACACCCCAGUUGACCUGGCUUCUCGGAAUGGCCAUACCAGACUUGUUGAACUCUUGAGAAAUUUCCAGGAUGCGCCUCCACUUGAUUUCUGCAGUGCCGCAAUCAAUGAGGAUACCUUCUUGAGGUUCUGCCAAUCUUCUGGUGUAGUGACCCUAACUAGACUCCAACCUGCUGGAUAUUCGUUGGAGGCAGAUAUCGAGCUUCUUAGGAAAUGUUUGUGGGAUAGUCAGUUCUGUGAAAAGAUUAUAAAUCCUGUGCAUGAUCAGAAUCAUAAAACCCAGAUGCCAACGGAUGAAACAGAUUUAGAAGAAGAAAAGAGACAUUCUUCAAUAGAUGCCUCGAAGAAACUGAAAAGCCCACCAACUUUCAUUGCUGCAGCCAGGCUUUCUGCCAUGCUGAAUGGGAAUGAUGAGAUUUAUGCCAACAGCAUGGUGGUAGAUGAGGUCAGUGAUUCCGAUAUCUCCUACAGUGUCAAUGCUGAUCUGUCAGACUCCACCCCAGCCUCUGAGAAGGAAAAUAAUUGCAGUCUUGGUACAUCUCCUGGGAGUAGCAAUGCUGAGACAAACAGUGUGGAUAUUGCGGAUUCACCUGCUUAUUUUACAUCCUCCAAGUGGUCCUCUCCUGGACACAAACAACGGCAAUGCAGGACUCUUGGAUACGGCACGGAAAGAAAUUCGAUCCUUGCCAGUGUAAAGAAAAGGAGCUCAAGUCUUGAUGGCCUCGAAGCAGACAGCGAGGACGAAGGGUCAUAUGUCCGAUACCAUAGCCCUGGUUCAGUUACACAAGACACAGUUGGACUUUUGGGGAACAGUGGAGAUGAGCUUGACUCUCCUGAGACAAACACUGAACGUGAUUUCCACAUCCAAAGUUCGGGGACGCUGCCUCUCUCUCAGGGAAAGGAUCAAGGGCUCCGAUUUCGUUCAUAUUCCUGUUCUUCACCGAAGGUUUUUCUAGGGAAACCUCGAUUAACACGGGACCUUUCACUUGGUGACCAAACUGAGGAUGGUGUGAUCAGCUUCAGUGGUCGCUCACUACUUCAGGCACUUUCAUUGUCUAAAUCAGUAGCUCUUCUGCAACCUGGUAAGCAACGUGCUUACAGCCUUCCAGAAAAAUCUAAAGAAAAAAGGAUUGAAGAGGAAGAGUGGGAUAAAUAUAUGACCCCCACAAAACCUGAAUCUGAAAAAAACAAAGUGAGCCGGACUUUCAGCUUCAUACGAAACAGGAUGACCAGCACACGCAAUAAAAAUAAGACCAAAAAUAAGGACUGUAAAGAGAAGGAGAAGGUGAACAGACACCAGUUUGUAAUGGGCACGUUUUCAGGAGUUGUUCCGUGUUUGGUCUGUGAGAAGGCAAUGCUGGGGAAAGACUCCCUCCAGUGUUCCAACUGCAAUGUGAAUGUGCACAAAGGCUGCAGGGACUCCUCUCCAGCCUGUACAAAGAAGUUCCAGGAACGGUAUCACCCCAAGAACAAGCCAUCAGCUGUCAUCUCAAAUUCAUCUUUCAAGGAUAAUCCACAGCCAGUUCAAUCAGCAAUGCCUUCAUCUCCUACCACACCUCUUGGACUGUCUGCUGGCAAGAAAGAUCUCACCCAGGCAGUCCAUCCUUUGUCCAGGAGUGUGCCAAUGUCAAUUAUAGACAGAAGAUCUGAGCAGCCAUUGGAAUCUGAUGGAGACACCUUUGCCUCUAGAUCUAGGUCUCAGUCUGAGGAACUUUUGCAAAAUGUAGGAAGUCCUCCAUCUAUAGACUCUUUCCCGAUUGAAGAUGUUGUGGAUACACCGCUAUGGAGUGACUUCAGUAAAGACGCACUGGAAUUCGAGGCGGAGUCGUGGAGCCUUGUUGUGGAUUCGUCAUUCUGCAGUAAACAUGAGAAGGAUGUAAUCAAAAGGCAAGAUAUUAUUUUUGAACUCAUCCAGACGGAAGUGCAUCAUAUCCAGACCUUGCUCAUUAUGUCUGAAGUAUUCAGGAAAGGCAUGAAGGAAGAGCUUCAGCUGGACCACAGCACGGUGGACAAAAUAUUCCCCUGCCUGGACGAACUCCUCGAGAUUCACAAACCGUUCUUUUAUAACAUGCGGGAAAGAAAACAAGAAUCCAGGGAAGGAUAUGAUAGAAAUUUUCUUAUCACCAGAAUUGGGGAUAUCCUCGUGCAGCAGUUUUCCGCAGAGAAUGCAGAGAGGAUGAAGCAGUUGUACGGAGAGUUCUGCAGUCACCACAUCGAGGCUGUCAAUUUGUUCAAAGAGCUGCAGCAAAACAAGAAAUUCCAGAAUUUUAUAAAACUGAAAAACAAUAACCUAUUGGCUAGACGACGAGGAAUUCCUGAAUGUAUUCUUCUUGUAACGCAACGCAUCACAAAAUAUCCAGUACUUGUGGAGAGAUUAUUACAAUACACACCAGAAGGAACUGAGGAGCAUAAAGACCUUUGCCGAGCCCUGGGUUUAAUCAAAGACGUCGUCGCUGCUGUGGAUCUGAGAGUCAACGAAUACGAGAAAGAACAAAAGUUGACAGAAAUCUUAAAUAAGAUUGAAAAUAAGACUUGCACCAAGAUGAAAAAUGGUCACGCUUUUAGGAAACAGGAUCUGAUAGUCAAAGAACGGGCCUUGCUACACGAAGGGCUGGUCUUCUGGAAAACGGCAACAGGCCGAUUUAAAGAUAUUCAAGCACUUCUUUUAACUGAUGUGUUGCUGUUUCUACAAGAAAAGGAUCAGAAGUAUAUAUUUGCUGCUGUGGAUCAGAAACCUCCUAUUAUUGGUCUUCAAAAACUGAUCGUCCGAGAAGUAGCCAAUGAGGAGCGUGGGAUGUUUCUAAUAAGCGCCUCAUCCGCGGGUCCUGAAAUGUAUGAAAUACAUACCAGCUCUAAGGAAGAGAGGAACGCCUGGAUGAGACUGAUUCAGGAAGCUGUGCAGAGACUUUAUACAUGUGGUGUAUCCCAAAGCUGUCCCGAAGAAUAUGAAGGGAAAACCUCUGAAUCCGACGAAGAUAAACGUGUUGCAGAGGCAAGAGUCGCAAAAGCUCAAAAAUUCCAGGAAAUGCUGAAUAUUCACGAUCAACAGAUUUGCCAUUAUUUGGAGGAAAAGUUCCAAAUUUAUGCAGAACUUGCAGCUCUGUGUGGGGGAAAUGAUACAAAUGUGGAACCACGGCUGCUUGUCAAGGCCGAUUCCUUUGAAAUUCCGCAAGCCACGAGUCUGCUAACCGCAGUGAUGAAGGAAGCUGAAAAUCUGCAUUCCAUUAUAAACUCACACAUGGAGAAUUCUGCUUGGUUGGAUGAUCCUGAAACGUCAAACUCAUCGCAGAGAUGUGAUCCUGUGUUAUUGGAGGAAGCGCAUGAAUUGUCCUUUGACUCCAUGAAUUCAGAGGAAAGAGAAGAUGUUAAAUCCGCUGGUGACAUCGAUCAUGCUCUUUCUCAUGUGAGUGACGGGGAUGUGACUUGCACUGAAGAAAAGGGAGAGAGCACACAUUUCCCACCUUCAAAUCAUGCCGAGGUUUUGCAAGCAGUUCAAAACAUUACCCGCCUUUUAUACAGUAUCCAGGCUACAGUUGCCAUACAAGAUAGCCAAAUAGAAAUCCACAGAAUAUUUCUGCAGGACAACGAGUUGGGCAGCAGAGGACUUUGUGUCCGUGGGAACCUUCUGCAAGAUCAAGAAAAAUAUCGCCACCAAGAAAAGCAACGUGGAGAGGUGGUCAACUUGCCCAAACUCCAACACCAGUUUCACCAAGAACAGCAGCGCUGGCUCAGAGAGUGUGACCAAAAACAGAGGGAACACGAAGAGAAGGAGAACAUGCUCCAGCAAAGAGAGAAGGACUGCCAAAGCCAGGAGCAUCUUUUGCUGGAGAAACAGGAAGAGCUUGGUCAACAGGUCCAGGAAUUCCAACAAAACCUGGAUAGACUAAAGGAAGGACUGAGAUUGGUGGAGAAGGAACGGGAAGAGCUGGGGGUGCAACAGAAACUCUUGAGGCAUUGGAAGCACAAUCGUCAAAACAGCUUACCCGUGAUAUUUCCUCACGGUAAAAGAGAGAGUGUAAGAAACCACAAGUCUGAAGGAUUACAGAAUGAGGAUUCGGUCUACAUUAACAAUGCAUUGGCUCAAAUUUCACUCAACAAUAUUGAAACACGUCCAAGCCCAGUUUACACGGAUGCUCACGUGGAUAACAGCUCAAUUCCAAACUUGGCAACGCCAAGCGAGAACAACUCCUGGAAUUCUCAUAAUGAACCAUGGUCGUCCACAUUUACACACCACCAGAGGCUUGAUAGUUCCUCCGUUAGCACCCGGCACUGCAAUAAAGAUGUCACUAACAAUGAUCUUAACGCAGCCCGGGUUAUCUCCUGUGGAACAUUACUCUCCUUGUCUUCCGGAGGACAUCCUGUAAACACAGAGUGCACUGACAAACAUCAAUCUAUGGAAUGUUUGGAAAACCCUCUUGCAGACAGCAAUCAAAAUGUGGAAAGUGGAAGAGUUGAGGAAAAUAUUGUUUACCUCUGAUAGACUGCUGGGAACUUUGUGUUCUGAACCAACACUUUUUUGUUUGCUGGUAGAACCAGGGAACCAAUGCUCUAAAAUUACAUAUUGAACUUCCGAGAAAACUUAUGAACUCCUAUUGUUUGUGUACAAGUUACCAUUGAUUGGUAAUUUUCUGAAACUCCUCAUAGAUAAAACAGCGCAUUAGUUUUUUUGAUGACGUAUGUUGUAAUCAGGGAUAGGCAACUCCUGGCAACCCAAGAUUCCCAUUCCUCGUAGUAACCUGACAUCUUACUAUGAAGAACACUAUAACGAAUGUUAUGAUCUACUGUCCAUCACUUUAAUGUUUACCCAUAAUUCUGCACUCCGCUCGCUGUCACAUCUAAAAUCGACAAUAGACCUUCAAACACAUCAUCAAAGAUAUUUGGAUUUAUGGAUUUGCUUGAAGCGAAUGGAUCUCUGUUACAGUGUAUUUCAAAGUUGUAUUAUACAAAUGUCCUGAAUAAGAGACGAUGUAUCGUAUAAACGCAUCAUUAUAUUUUUAUUUAAACCCAA